AGCUCUCGCGGAAGCGAGAGAUCGCUAACAACUUGAACUUGUUCCAUGGACACGCCUAAUCAUUAGGAAAUUAAUCCAAUUUCAUCCCCAAAUUCAGGGAGAGAUCCUCUUUUACCGAUGUGUGAAUGAAUUGCCCCUACAAAAAUGAUCCUCCACCACCAAACACUGCUUCCUCGACUGAAGACCCAGUUUGUCUCAAAACAAGGAGGAAGCAAGAGAUGGUUGAGAAGACACCAGGGUAAAACCAACCCAUCCCCAUGUCCAGGAACCAUUCUCGCUUGGGAACCGCCAUUCAGAUUUGCUUGAGAGUACUGUCAGCCGCCAUGACUUUGGCCGCCGCGCUGGUGAUGAUGACCAACGAGCAAUCCACGGUGGUUUUCGGCAUUCCGGUCGAUGCUCAAUAUACCUAUUCCCAGGCUUUCAAGUUCUUUGCCUAUGCAAAUCUAGUUUCCUGUGCUCUAUGUCUAUUAUCCUUGUUAUUAUUCCUUCUUAUAAUCGCCAGACGAAGAGACUGCUGUUCUAGUAGCUACAUUCCUGCACGACCUGGUGGUGAUGACAUUGGUGAUGGCGGGGUGUGCCACCACGACGGCUAUCGGCUACGUGGGGAAGCACGGGAAUGCGCACAUCGGCUGGAUGCCCAUCUGAAAUAAUCUCAGCAAAUUUUGCGACCGAGUCACCAUUUCGGACGCCAUAUCCUACGCAUCUUCCUUCUCCUCAUGAUUCUCACCGUCAUCUCCGCCUAUAACUACGGCACCGUGUUUAGGUCUGCAAGUUCGAAGUUCCGAGGAGGAGAUUAUGCAGAGGAUCAAUCCGGGUAAAGAAAUUUUUACCUCGCGUCAGGAACGAAUGUAAAGCAGGCAUCUUGGGGGCCUUCAUGAUCGUUUUCUUAGGCAGCAAAUGUAUAGAAAGGUUCUUUUUUUGUUUUCAAUUGUUAGAACGUGUUCAUGUAA